AUGACGCAUAAGGGCGGUGUUGAGGCUUUAAAUAGAUCUCUAAAGGAUAUAAGGGGAAAUAAAAGGUUAAUGGGUGGUGUAACGGUUUUACUGGCUGGAGACUUUAGGCAGACUCUACCAGUAGUACCAAAAGGGAUCAGAACUGAUGAAGUCAAGUCAUGUCUUAAAAGAUCUAUUUUAUGGCCUAAGAUUAAUAUACUCAAACUGUCAAAAAAUAUGAGGGUACACUUGGGAGAGGAAAAGUUUGCUGGUGGAUUUGCAGAUCUUUUACUUGAAAUUGGCAAUGGUGAUUAUCCAUCGUUUGAUGAAAUGAUAACUAUCCCAGAAAAUGUGUGCACAGUUGUAACUACGGUCCAGGAUUUAAUAUCAAAAAUGUAUCCAGAUAUUGCUCAUAUUCAUGAUAAUCCUAUGGACUGGUUGUGUGAACGUGCUAUACUCACUCCAAAAAAUGACCAAGCUGCGGCUAUCAAUGAUACACUGCUGAUGUCUUUUGAAGGGGAAGAAAAAGUAUAUACUUCGAUAGAUACUUCGGUGGUCAACAUGGACGAUGCAACUAAUUAUCCGGUUGAAUUUUUAAAUUYAUUGAAACCACCGGGCAUGCUAUAUCAUAGGCGUAUUCUGCGUGUGGGCACACCUAUUAUGUUGUUGUGA